CUUAACUUCUUAUACCGGGACGGAGAAGGCGUAGGAUGAUGGUCCCUUUAUUUAGUUAAUUUGAUUGUUACUUCUGAAAAUUUUCACCCUCCACUAUAAAAAAAAUUUAUUGGCAACAUGUGAAUUAAAAAAAUUAAUUGAAACUUAUGGAUAAAGUUGAGGCGAGGGAAAGAAUUGACUUUUGUUUUUUCAAGACCAUAAUCAAACCCUUGGAUGCUUUUAUGAGAAAAGCAUUUCUCUCUCAACACAGCUCGUCCCUCCCACCCUUGGCCCUCUCCGCCUCUCCUUGGUACAGCCGCGCGCCUCCCGCCUAUUGUUCCUCUGCUCUUCACGCUGUCAACGUCGUUGCUGCGUCUUGUGCUCGUUGCUGUGUCCGCUCGUCCUGGUUGCUACUUCGCUCUCCUCCGCCGCUUCCUCUAGUCCUCGUUGCUGUGUCCACUGGUCCAGUCCUUCUGCCGUCCGGUGCUGCUCCUCGCCGCUGGUCCUCGUCCUCAAUCACUCCGCCGCUGGUCCUCGUCCUCAAUCACUCCGCCUCUGUUCCUCGCCGCGUCCUCAGUCACUGCAGGAAGUGGGGGAAGCUUUUGAUUCUAACUAUGGCGGCUCAAGCUUCAGGAUCUAAGUCCUUGAAAGAGUAUUUGAAACGCUAUGAAACUAACACUGAAGAAGAGCAGAAGAAGAAAAGGAAGAAGAAGAAAGUUAAACCUGAUGGACCAGGUGUUUUGGUUCUGGAUGAAGAUCCUGUCUGGCAGAAGCCAGUAAAACUUGAGGAAGAAGAAGAAAAUGAUUCUGCUGAUGAAAAACCUCAGGUUGAUGAAGACAUAGAAGUUAAGCGGAUGAGGAGGCUGGAGCAACUUAGAUCCAGGCGCCCUUAUAAUACAAUUGCUGAGGAUGGAAGUGGAUGGGUUUCACUCACUUCUAAAGCCAAUGCCACUGAACAAAAUUCUGAUAUGUCUCCACCCCGUAGAAAGAGGUACAACACACCCUCACCUGAGCCUUUAGAUAGGCCAUCGGAUGCUGGUAGAGCAGGAGCAGAUUUCUCACCUCCACGGCGGCAGACCCACCACCAUUCUCCAUUGCCUGAACCUCAUACAAGGUCUCAACACUUUACUGACCUGAAUUCUGAUUUGUCCCCUUCUCGGAAGCAUAGAGCUCGAAAUGAUACUCCUUCACCAGACCCAUCCUUGAAGCCGCACUUGAGAGAAUCUGACUUGUCACCUGUGCGGCGGCGAAAGCAUCAUUAUUCCCCUUCUCCUGGACCUGAUACAAAACUCAAGUAUUCUGGCAUUGCACAUGCUGAUUUAUCACCACCCAGAAGGCAAAGAGAAACGAACUACACAUCUUCACUACCUGCUGGAAGGAAAGAAGAUGAUGAUUUUUCUCCUCCACGACAACAGCGUAGGCGUCAUUAUACUCCAUCUCCUGAACCUCUUCAAAAUUCUGAUAUGUCUCCUCCUCGCCGAUCUCAUGCUCGGACUUCUGAAAGGAGGAAAUCUGAAGUGCCCGAGUCAAGAGUAUCUCAUCCAAGGCGAGCUGAUCAUAGGUCUUCUCAUGGUGAUGCACGUACUUCCCUGGGGUCAGAUCUUUCACCCCCAAGGAAAAGAAGAAUGAGUGUUGAGAAAUCAGGAUCACCAGAUUUUUCUUAUCAGCAUUUGUCUAGGCAUUCAAGCACGCCUGUGAAUGGUGGUUCACAUGCACCUCUGGACCAAGACGUUUCACUAAGAAGGAAAAACCAGGAGUCAUCUGAUCCUGUUUCCUCAAAGGGGCGGGCAAAAACUGGUUUGAUUACUGGCCAUGAUAUUAUGGAAGAGAUAUCUAAAACUAAGAAGGAUGAUUUAUUGAGGUUUGAACAGAUGGAUCCUUCUUUGAGCGGUCGGGGUGCUGAACCUGUAUUUCGUGAUAAGAAAGGCCAAAGAAUAUCAAAGGAGGAGUAUAUGAAAUCAAAACAAAAAGUUGAGGAAAAGCCUAAGGAGAAGAAGUUAGAGUGGGGUAAGGGAUUGGCUCAAAAGCGGGAAGCUGAGACAAGGCUGUUGGAAUUAGAACAGGAGAAGGACAAACCAUUUGCAAGAACCAGAGAUGAUCCUGAACUCGACAAAAUGAUGAAGGAGAGAGUAAGAUGGGGUGAUCCUAUGGCACAUUUGGUGAAGAAAAAGCAUUCUGGACCUGUUCUUGCGGAUCUAGGAGAUAGUGAGAAGAUGAAGGAAUCAGGGUUUAUAGUUCCUCAGGAGAUUCCCAGUCAUAGCUGGAUAAAAAGAGGAUUAGAUGCUGCACCGAAUCGAUAUGGUAUAAAGCCAGGAAGACACUGGGAUGGGGUUGAUCGAAGUAAUGGAUUUGAGAAAAAAAUGUUCCAAAGGCUAAAUGAAAAACGAGCUACAGAAAGGGAAGCUUAUCUGUGGUCUGUCUCAGAUAUGUGACUUGAAAGAGUUGUGGACUUGAAAGGAUAUCUACCAUGUUGUCUUUUGAGGAAGGUAAAGAAGAUGUUACUCUAGCUAGCUGGCAAAAUAUUCUUCCAGACCAGCCAUGUUAGCCUGGGGACAGUGUGCUUGAUUGAGCUUCAUUGCUUGGUGACUUUUUGGCUUUCAUUUGGUGGGCUGAAAUGGAUUCAUGAAAAUUGAUCGUAAACUUGAAACUGAAACUGCAGAAUUCGUCCAAUAACUAUCCAGGUAACUGCAGCUUCAUUAACGAGUUCCUCUGCCAUUUGCAUCAGCUGUGAAUAUAUGAACUAUCUUUUUUCUUCAAAAAAAAAAAAAAAGGUUUUCUGACACCAAAUUUGACAAUUUUAACCUUAUAUUCUCUACAACUCACCACCCCCUCCUUCCCUCGCUCAUGAUGCUCAUUUGGAGUUUCAGACGCAAGUUACAUGACUAGUUUGAUAAUUUUACUCGGGGAAAGUUCUUUUCAUUGCUUUUAUUUAUUUGUUUCAGUUCAUUACAUAGAACAAUCUAAAACAUUUCUCAUAUUAACAAUCUACUAUAUAGUCAGGCUAAUGGUUGUGGAACCAUAUAGAUGAAAGAAAGUUUUGUUGUUUUA